AUGACUAGAGGCAAUCAAAGAGAUAUUGAUCGAGAGAGAGCGAAGAAGCGCAGUGAAAAGAAUGAAAAAGCAAAGAACAAUGACUUUGCCAAGAGAAAACUCACCGAUGCGGACAUUAUGAGAGAGAAAUAGAAGAAGGCAGAAGAAAAGAAGCAGAAAGAGGAGGAGGAUAUGAUUAAGACACAGAUGAAGGAUAAAAAUUUAGAUUAUCUCAAGAAGUUUGAAGAGCUUAAUGUUCAAGAUGAUGAGUAGCAGCAUCAAGACGAUUAAGAGGAGGAAAAGAAACAACCUGAAGUCAAGGAGAUGAUCAAGCCCUAAAAUCAUCAAUAGAAAAAAAAGAAUUGA